AUGAAUCAGGUCACACUUUGGCCAGGUCAAAACCGAGGAUCAGGGGAGUACAACCCUCUCUGUGGGACCAACGGCGUCACCUAUGCUAAUGACUGCAAGUUCUGCGUUGCCAAACGGCAGAGAAAGAAGCACCUGAAGAAACACCUGAAGAAACACCUGAAGAAGCACAGGCAGAGGAAGAAGCACCUGAAGAAACACCUGAAGAAGCACCCGAGGAAGCACAGGCAGAGGAAGAAGCACCUGAAGAAACACCUGAAGAAGCACCCGAGGAAGCAGAGGAAGCAGGGGCAGAGGCAGAAGCACCUGAGGAGGCAGAGGCAGAGGCAGAGGCAGAAGCACCUGAGGAAGCACAGGCAGAGGAAGAAGCACCUGAAGAAGCACCUGAAGAAACACCUGAAGAAACACCCGAGGAAGCACAGGCAGAGGAAGAAGCACCUGAAGAAACACCUGAAGAAACACCUGAAGAAGCACCUGAAGAAACACCUGAAGAAACACCCGAGGAAGCACAGGCACAGGCAGAAGCACCCGAGGAAGCACAGGCAGAGAAAGAAGCACCUGAAGAAACACCUGAAGAAACACCUGAAGAAGCACAGGCAGAGGAAGAAGCACCUGAAGAAACACCUGAAGAAGCACCCGAGGAAGCACAGGCAGAGGAAGAAGCACCUGAAGAAACACCUGAAGAAGCACCCGAGGAAGCAGAGGCAGAGAAAGAAGCACCCGAGGAAGCACAGGCAGAGGAAGAAGCACCUGAAGAAACACCUGAAGAAGCACCCGAGGAAGCACAGGCAGAGGAAGAAGCACCUGAAGAAACACCUGAAGAAACACCCGAGGAAGCACAGGCAGAGGAAGAAGCACCUGAAGAAACACCUGAAGAAGCACCCGAGGAAGCACAGGCACAGGCAGAAGCACCCGAGGAAGCACAGGCAGAGGAAGAAGCACCUGAAGAAACACCUGAAGAAGCACCUGAGGAAGCACAGGCAGAGGAAGACGCACCUGAAGAAACACCUGAAGAAGCACCCGAGGAAGCACCUGAAGAAGCACCUGAGGAGGCAGAAGCACCUGAAGAAGCAGAGGCAGAAGAACCCGAGGAAGCAGGGGCAGAAGCAGAAGCACCCGAGGAAGCAGAGGCAGAAGCACCCGAGG